AUGGCUAGUACUAUCCGCCCCAUCGAAUUUCCUGAUUUUCAUGUGAUAGGCCGUGAGAACGGAACCAAAGAAGAGCUCGACGGACGUGAGUUUCUGACUCAUAGUCCUCCCGACCUUCCUCCACGCCAUCGUAUACUAGCUAUACUCGGAACGACGGACAUCGAAGAUCAAGCGAACCCCAAUGAAGAUGGGUGGUUCGUUUCCGAUUUCUACCUGUUUCACUAUCUCUUGGCACCUACAUACCCUCGACCGCACAACCAGAUUUGGUUAACAUCCGAAGACCCGGCAAGCCUCGUGACAAAGUACAAAGAAUACCUGCACGGAGAUUCACAAGGAGACCGUCGAGCAGUGCUCGACAGCCAGAGACUCGCCAGUAUAAAUCAGGCUGGAAAUUUGCGGGUUGUGCCGAGAAACAUCCUCCUCGAGCGAUACCUAAGCACUCUACGAGAGCAAGUUGCUGAAGCAUCCCGCCUUCAAGAGCAUCUUGUGCUGUUCAUCUUCGGGCACGGAACCCCAAAAUAUGAUGUUGAAAUUGCAGGCUCCAUGCUUCGCAUGGAAGACAUACGCCGAGAGAUCAGAAACAGGUCACAAGUCACGUUGUUCACCACCUCAUGCUACUCCGGCGGGUGGCUAGUGGUCCCCGAUCUCAGACAGCAAAUGCUCAAUGCGACAGCAAUCGCAGCAGCUGGACCAAAAACCAAAUCCUCAUCGUGGCCCCUAAGCGGGAGUAUUGGCCGAGCUAGCGGCAGCUUGGCCGCAUCCGCAGUGCUACGCUGCCUGGUUGAUGCCGAAGAUGAAAUUGAGGAGAGGUUGGAGCACCCGACAUACAUACAACUUGCGAAGUCUAUAUAUGACUGUGUGAAGGGGAUGGGAUUACUCGGCGACAGUCAGCAAAUCCACUUCUCUGCGGAAAACGAUGAAUGGGAGACAAGCUAUCGGCCCCGCCUCGGUUUGCCUCUUGUGUCAUUCAAGGAAAAAUGGCAGUCCCUGCGUCAGGUUCCCCCCUCGACAUGCCCCCCAUCGACAUCCGCGGCAAGUAGCGUGGUGGCUAGAGCUGGCGGACGGCCGCUCAAACGUCUUCAGUAUCUCGCCCAAGAGUACUUUGCCUCCAACCCCGGUGCUGACAAUGCCGGUCCGAAUAUCGGCUUGCACAACUGUCUGAUUCAAGUCCUGAAAGGAACCAGCUUUUCAAAAGAAAAGAUGCAGGAUUUGACGGAAAUCACCGCGUAUAGACUCGGAGCUAUGUACGAGGCCGAUUACUUGCGAGAACAAAUAGGGCUCCAGUUCCCGUCGAUCUUCGAUAUUGAUCCAGAGCACGCACUCGAAAAAUUACCCGAAAAACAAUUGACGCUCAAAACAUGGUCAUUGCUCCUCCGGCAUGACAUAAAUACAACCCCCAUUGGGAUUCGCCGACCGUAUGGCAAGCCUCUACAGUACCUUACACUUGCUCUGGUGGACACAUUCAAGUCUUGGGACGCAAUCGAACAACAGGUGAAGACCAUGGCCAGUAAGAAAAGGGCAUGGUAUCGUCUCAUAUUCAAGGCAUGGCAAGGACAUCGAGUGGCGAAUGACGAGGGGGUCAGGAGGCAGCACCGUGCUGUAUUGGAGGCAUUCAAAAAGAUCAGAAAUUAA